UGAAGCGCGUAUUUUACCCUUUUUCGUUAUCCUCCCCAAUUCCAUCCCCGCCGACAUGUCACCGUCGGCCGGAGUCCACGUCCCCCUCCUACCGGGAUCCAAACCAGCGGCUCCGACGGCGUCCGUCUCCGGCGCCGUUUUCAAUGUCGCCAACAGCAUCGUCGGCGCCGGAAUCAUGUCGAUCCCGGCGCUCCUGAAGGUUCUCGGCGUGAUCCCCGCUUUCGCCAUGAUUCUGAUCGUCGCCGUGCUGGCGGAAAUCUCCGUCGACUACCUCAUGCGGUUCACGCAUUCCGGCGAAACCAAGACCUACGCCGGCGUCAUGAGGGAGGCGUUUGGGCCGCCCGGAGCUUUAGCCGCGCAAGUUUGUGUUAUAAUCACCAACCUUGGGGGUUUAAUUCUCUACCUAAUCAUCAUCGGGGAUGUGCUAUCUGGGAAUCAUAGCGGAGAUGAAGUGCACUUGGGCAUUUUGCAACAGUGGUUUGGAAUUCACUGGUGGAAUUCCCGGGAAUUCGCCAUGUUUGUCACCUUGGUCUUGGUUAUGCUUCCGUUGGUCUUGUUCCGACGUGUAGAGUCCUUGAAGUACAGCUCUGCAGUAUCAACUUUUCUUGCAGUGGCAUUUGUUGGCAUAUGUUGUGGAUUGGCUAUUAUUGCUAUGGUGCAAGGAAAAACACAGACUCCUAGAUUGUUCCCUCAGUUAGACUACCAAACCUCCUUCUUUGAUCUCUUCACUGCAGUUCCUGUUGUAGUCACAGCCUUCACAUUUCAUUUUAAUGUGCAUCCAAUUGGGUUUGAGCUUGCCAAGGCAUCUGACAUGACGCUAGCAGUUCGAUUAGCAUUAAUGCUUUGUGCUGUUAUCUACUUUGUGAUUGGACUAUUUGGGUACUUGUUAUUUGGGGAUUCAACUCAAUCAGACAUUCUCAUCAAUUUUGACCAGAGUGCUGAUUCUGCAGUUGGUUCCUUUCUCAAUAGCUUAAUCCGUGUAAGCUAUGCACUCCAUAUAAUGCUGGUAUUCCCUCUAGUGAACUUCUCCUUGAGGGCCAAUCUUGAUGAAAUCCUAUUCCCCAAGAAGCCUCUGCUAGCCACAGACAACAAAAGAUUUGUGAUCCUCACUCUGGUGGUGCUAGCCUUCUCCUACCUUGCUUCUAUAGCAAUCCCAGAUAUUUGGUAUUUCUUUCAGUUUUUGGGUUCAUCAUCUGCAGUUUGCCUUGCCUUCAUUUUUCCGGGCAUGAUUGUUUUAAGGGAUGCAUAUUGUAUAUCAACAAGAAGGGACAAAAUUGUAGCACUGGUUAUGAUAAUACUAGCUGUAGUGACAAGUGUGAUUGCCAUUUCCACCAACAUAUACAAUGCUUUUAGCAGCAAGUCAUAAAGUUGGUACUCUCAUUAGCAUGUUUGGAUAACUUCUCUUUUCUCUCUUCAGAAAUGAAUUAAUUCUGGCAUCCAGAAGCCACGUACAGAAGCUUCUUUCCAGAAUUGAUUUUGGCUCGUAAUCAAUUCGAGCAGGAUUUCCAAACAUACACUCUUCCUUUUGUAGGAAGAUUUAUUAGGGGAGGGGGCGUGAAAGGAAGGAAAGACAUUUCCAGGCGCAUUUGUUUGCUUUGGCGCUUGUGUUGCACUGUAUUUUUUUGGAUGUCUUGUUUGUUGUAAAAUUCAUAUAUCUUGAACAGAAUUGCUAUGUAAAAUAUCAAAUCAAAGCAAUGAAAUCCACAUGUCCAUUUCAA